CUCCAAAAGGAGAUUCGGCUGUACCGAGCUACAAUCCUCAUGAGAAAAAGUCAUUUUAAAAUUAAAAAAAAAAAAACCUUGUUAAUUCGAUCAUUUCAGCACAAUCUUUACCCGCCUCCUCGUCUGUAGAGUGCUGCUCGUCGAUCGUUCUCUCUUUUCACCCAUCACAGCCGGUAAACCGUACACCCAUCACCGGCAGUGACUUUGUCGGGCAAAUAGUGUUUUUGCUUUUAUUUCUAUAUAUAUAUAUAUUUUUAUGGUUUUCGUAUUUUCUCGCUUUUGGGUAAAAAAUAUUUCAGAUCUGGGAAGUUACUUUGUGUUUGAAGUGUGUAGGUGUUUUGUGUCCAUUUGGGCUUCUGAAAUUCAGAUCUACAAGAAAACUAUCUUUUUUUCUUGAUCUUCUCUACUGUUUGCGUAUAAAUUGGAAUGGCAUUUUUGAUCAAUCAAGCAGCGUCAUCUUCCUCUUCCUCUUUCACCCGUCACCAGUACGAUGUCUUCUUGAGUUUCAGAGGCAAAGAUACCUGCUUUAGUUUUACAAGUCACUUGUAUCAAGCCUUGUGUCAAGAAGGUCUUAACACUUUUAUUGAUAAUGGCCUCCAUAGGGGAGGAGAAAUUCCUGCAGAACUUCUUAAAGUCAUCGAGGACUCAACAAUUUUGAUAAUCGUAUUUUCUAAAAACUACGCAUUUUCCAGCUGGUGUUUGGAUGAACUUGUCAAGUUUAUUGAGUGCCUGAAGAAUGAUCAGGUGGUGUUACCAAUUUUUUACAAAGUGGAUCCAUUAGAAGUACGACAACAAAAAGGAAAGUUCGGAGAAGCAUUGACUAAACAUGAAAUAAAAUUCAGGGAUAUCAAAAAGGUGCAAAGAUGGAAGAAUGCUCUGAAAGAAGCAGGCAGUCUUUCUGGUUUCCAUUACAAGGAGGACGGUUGCACCGAGUACAAAUUUAUUCAAGGAAUUCUUGAAUUUAUUGGAAGAACUAUAACAAAACAGAUGCCAUUAUUUUCUGCUAAAUACCUUGUUGGAAUAGAUUCUCAUGUAGAGGCCAUAAAAUUGUUUUUAGAUAUGAAGUCAAAUGAUGUUCGCAUGGUAGUAAUCUAUGGCUCUGCUGGAGUAGGUAAAACAACAAUUGCAAAGGCUGUUUAUAAAAACAUUUUCAAGCAUUUUGAACAAAGCAGCUUUCUUGAGAAUGUUAGCAAAAAGUCACAGACAAAUGGUGUGAUCCAACUUCAAGAGACACUACUAUUUCAGAUCUUAGGAGAUAGCAACUUAAAGAUUCACAAUGUAUCUAAAGGAAUCACUAUGAUAAAGGAAGUUCUUCUCCAUAGAAAGAUUCUUUUAAUUCUGGAUGAUGUGGAUAAAUUGGAUCAAAUAGAAAAAUUGCUUGGAAAAUGUGAUUGGUUUGCUUCUGGAACUAGAAUCAUUAUAACAACAAGAGACAAAUACUUGUUAGAUUCUCUUGUCAAUGUUGAUUUAAGCUAUAAGGUUAAGGAACUAGAUGACUACAGAGCUCUUGAACUCUUUAGUUGGCAUGCCUUCCUAAGAGACACACCCAAGGAAGAUUAUUUGGAACUUUCAGAACAAGUUAUAGUUUAUGCUAAAGGCCAUCCAUUAGCUCUAACAAUAAUGGGUGCUAGUUUUUGUGGAAGAACUAAACAAGAAUGGGAAAAUGCCUUGGAUAAGUAUAAAAGGAUUCCUAAACUAGAAAUUCACGAAAUAUUGAAAUUAAGUUAUGAAGCAUUGGAUACAAAUGAACGGAAGAUUUUCCUCCAGGUCGCAUGUUCCUUGAAGGGAAUGAAGAAGGUUACUGUUGAAGAUUUACUCGAAACUGAAGGUUUAGAUAUUGUUGAUGGAAUUAAAAAACUUACUGAUAAAUGUCUCAUUACUGUUGAUCAAUUUGGCACAUUGUGGAUGCAUGACCUUUUACAACAAAUGGGUCAAGAAAUUGUUCAACAAGAAUCACCACAAAUGCUCAAGGAUUGUAGUAGGGUAUUAAUAAAAGAUACACUUGUAAACUUCAUCCCCAACCUUAAUCCCCCCACACUCCUUACGCGCCCAUACAUAUCCAGGGACCAUGGUGCGCGGUCUGGACGUUCUCCAUAUACUCUCAAAAUGUACCAAAGUGACAUUAAGAGAGACAAGGAUGCCUCUUGGGUCAGUGCGCACUAUGAUAAAAAAGGAAACAGACCUUUGUUUCUUGAUCGAAUUAAAGAGAGAAAGAUGGCGAAUUUGUCGCUGGAAUCAUUGCCUUUGGGGUUCAGAUUUAGCCCAACGGACGAAGAACUCAUAAACCACUACUUGAGGCUGAAGAACCAGGGUCAUGAUUCCGGUGUCCAGGUCAUUGCCGAAGUCGACUUUUAUAAAUUUGAUCCCUGGGAAUUGCCUGCUUUGUCAGCUAGAAAGUUAAGCAAUGAGCAGUGGUUCUUCUUCUGCGAGCUCAAGAUUGCCUCUCGUUUAUUUAAGACAACUAAAUCCGGCUACUGGAAAGCCAUCGGUGAGGAGUGCCACAUCACGUCCAGCAAGUCGGGGCCCAGUAACUCCAGCUUGAUUAGUAGUAAGAAGACCUUAGUUUACCACCAAGGUCGUGCUCCCGGCGUGCGCACCAGUUGGGUUGUGCACGAGUAUCGUGCCAUCGAUACUCACCAGGGUGGCUUUAUUCUUUGUCGUUUGGUCAAGAAAGACUUACUCCCGGCUUCAAACAGGAUUGGCCCCUUCAUGUCUGAAGAAACAAGUAUAUAUAUGCGAGAUUGGAGUAGAUUCGGAGAUCUAAAUUUGACUGGCAUACCUGAAAACUUUUUUGCGGAAGAAGAAAAUGAAAAACAAAUACUGUUACCGCCUCAAGGAAUGGUGUUUGACACUGAAGCAGUUGAGAUGACAUCUAACUCAAGUAAACAAACAAAAUCUGAGAUUGAAGGCACACAAACCAUCCAUCACAUUACAGAACAACCACACGGGUCAUCUUUUAAAGGUCAAUGGCAAAAAGGAAGGCUCAUUGGACGUGGUACAUUCGGAGGUGUUUACCUUGCAAUGAACCGAGAGACCGGAGCUUUGUGUGCCAUGAAGGAAGUUGAUCUGAUUCCUGAUGAUCCUAAAUCUGCUGAAUGUUUAAGGCAAUCGGAGCAGGAAAUAAAAAUUCUCUGUCAAUUAAAGCACCCAAACAUAGUACAGUAUUAUGGAAGUGAGAUAAUUGACGAUCACUUUUACAUAUAUUUGGAGUAUGUCCAUCCUGGAUCAGUCAACAAAUAUGUACAAGAACAUUUUGGAGCUAUGACUGAAUCUGUAGUUCGCAAUUUCACUCGCCAUAUCCUCUCUGGGUUGGCUUACUUGCAUAGCACAAAGACUAUCCACAGGGAUAUCAAAGGUGCUAAUUUGCUUGUUGAUGCAUCAGGCGUGGUUAAGCUAGCAAAUAUUGGGGUAGCUAAGCAUCUUACAGUACAAUCUUAUAAUCUUUCUCUGAAGGGCAGUACACACUGGAUGGCUCCAGAGGUCAUGCGGGCUGCAUUGAAUUUAGAUGUCAAUCCUGACCUUACAUUGGCCGUUGACAUAUGGAGUUUGGGCUGUACCAUUAUUGAAAUGCUGAAUGGAAAACCUCCUUGGAGUGAUUUUACGGGGCCUGAAGCUAUGUUCGAAGUUUUGGGCAGAACUCCACCCAUACCAGAAACAUUAUCCUCAGAGGGAAAGGAUUUCCUUCAUUGUUGCUUUCGCAGGAAUCCUGCAGAGCGAUCAACAGCUAUGAAGCUACUUGAGCAUCCUUUUGUACAAAAUACAUAUGAUCAAAAUGUUGCAGUCUCCAUGCAGGCAUUUUCUGCGGAAGAAGGAAAUGAAAAACAAAUACUGUUAUUGCCUCAACGAAUGGUGUUUGACACUGAAGCAGUUGAGAUGAUAUCUAACUCAAGUAAACAAACAAAAUCUGAGAUUGAAUUUAUUGAGGAUGAAGCUUCACAAAGAUGGCCAGAGGGUUUACAGGUUGAGGAAAUGCAACAAGAAGCAAUAAGUACUUUGAAACCUCAAGGAGUGUUUGAUGUUGAAGCAGACAAGAUGCCUGAAUCUGGUGGACAAAUGAAAUUUCCGAUUGCAGACAAAGAGAUGGGGCCUGAAGCAGAUCGACCUCAGGAAGCUCAACAAUUUCUGAUGCAGGCCGGUUUAAGAUUAACUGAGCCACCAAAGGAUGAGGAUUGGGAAAAUGCCAAUGAGAUUUACUUGAUGGACAAUGAGUUGUCUGUUUUACCAGAGAAUCCAAGGUGUCCCAAGUUGUCAGCACUGUUCCUUCAAAGAAACUACAAAUUGCGAUUGAUUCCUCCCGCAUUUUUUAAUUACAUGCCUGCUCUUCAAAUCCUGAACUUAUCCGGGACUAAUAUCAAGUCUUUGCCCAAUUCCAUUAUCAGAUUGGUCAGCCUAAAAAGACUCUUUCUAAAUGAAUGUCAUUGUUUCAUGGUGUUGUCGCCCAAAAUUGGAGAACUCAAGCGGCUGGAGGUUCUUAGUCUUGAAGGGACAGAGAUUAUGGAUUUACCUCUGGAUAUUAAGAAGUUAACUAAUUUGACAUGCUUGGAAGUUUCAUUUUGUGAAGUUCAGAGUAAUUGUAGGCAAGCCAUGCAAUUAAAUACAGUGGUGCCUUGUGGGGUAAUUUCUGUCCUGUCUCAGUUAGAGGAGUUGAGCAUUGAUGUGGAUCCAGGUGAUGAGCGGUGGGAUGCGUGUGUGGAAGAUAUUGUUAAUGAUGUAUGCACCUUAAAGAGCUUGUACUCUCUUAAAUUCUAUUUCCAAAGGGUGGAACUUUUAAGUCACAUUCAGCGGAAUAUCCCAUCGCUGUUAUAUUUCAGAUUUACUGUUGGCCGUCAUGUCAAGCGCAUUAUGUCUGGAGUCCCCCGUGAUGUUGAGUUUGAAUUGGAACGAUGGGAUAGAUGCUUGAAAUACAUAAAUGGUGUGGAUGUCCCUAGAGAUAUUAAGAAGGUACUCCAACAUGCCACGGCUUUUUUCUUGGACAGGCAUGCAACUGUUAAGAAGCUAUCCAAUUUUGGGAUUCAAAAUAUGGAGAAACUAAAAUGCUUAGUCAUGGGGGAAUGUAGUGAGGUUCAAGUGAUUAUAGAUGAAGCAGAUGGUUAUGAAGAAGAUGAUAGCGAUGAAAUAGUAUCUGAAUCAUAUGGUACUGGAAAAAUUGUUCUUGGUUCACUUGAAUACAUGUAUCUAUAUUAUAUGGAGAGUUUAAGGAGCAUGUGGGAGGGGCCCGGGCCACUGCAGCCGGAGUCUUUAUUUUGUCUCAAGUCCUUGACAUUGUGCACGUGUCCCCAAUUGACCACUAUUUUCACACCAGGGUUGCUUGCUAACCUGUGCAACUUAGAAGAGCUUAAAGUUGAUGACUGCCCCUCCAUCAAAAGCAUAGUAAGCCAUGAUAUAACUGCUGAGCAUAAAAUCUCUUAUUUUCUCCCAGAAUUGAAGAAGAUUUCACUUCAUUACAUGCCUGAAUUAGUUAGCAUCUCUAAUGGUUUACACAUUGCUCCAAAAUUGGAAUGGUUGAGUUUUUAUGAUUGCCCAAAACUUAAGAACCCAUUGGUUGUGGAAAUAUCUACUCAAUGUUUGAAGGGGAUCAAGGGUGAGAUGAGUUGGUGGAAAGCACUGGACUGGAGCAAUGGUCGUCCAGCUUAUUUGGAUGAAAUAUUUGUUCUAAUUGACAUAGGGGAUUGCUGAGCACCUGAAAUGUUCCCUAAUAAAAAAUGAGUCUGUGCAUUGCCCUAGGCAAACUCAAUGUUUCAAUGUCAAUGAUAAUGUGUGAAAACUGAGGCAUCCUUAGACCACUUUCUGUUUGCUAUUCUUAUACCCUUGUAGCUGCUAUGGUGAUGAGACCUUACUUUCAUUGAAUAUAGCCCUUCUAGUCUGAUGUAUCUUUCUCAUGCUGCUGUUGGGGCUUUUUUCCAACAGACAUUUGUAAAAAAAAAGAAAAAAAAGAAAAAGAAAAAAAAGAGUAAUGUGUUUUUAGAUUUCUGAUACUCCAAACGCAAAAUGCUUAUGAAAUCCGAGCUCAUGAACAUGUGGGGAAAGUCCAUUCUGGAAUCCUACAAAGUUGGAUAGGUAAAGCUCUAGACUAAUGUAGUCCAUUAGUGUUGGUUGUCUGUCUGUAAUUGUGAGCCCUUCUUUUUUUUUAUUGGAACCGGAAUUCUACCAUGGUUACAUGGUCAAAACUGUUGUAUGUACUAAAGUAAUGACCUAACCUGAGUAAUCUUUACCGAUCAAUUUAUUUAAUGGAUCAUAAACGAUUCUGUUGUUUUGUUUCA